GGCAAUCACCAACACCACCUUUGCUAAAUGUCCGACCGCGCAAAAGAAGCCCUCCGCGCCGAAUCCGCGAACCUGCGCGCAACCGCCCAAGAUGUCGUCCUUUCGGGCACAUACCUCUACCCCUUCAGAGGAAUCCUCCACUUGACAACACAUCCACCCCUCUACAAGCCUCUCACAAAACGCUUAUCGCAGACCCUCGUCGCCGGAGUUUCCAUAACAAGCGCCCUCUUCUUCUUCACAUACGUCCCGCAAACCGCCAUUCUCUCGUUCACAGCCGGACCCUUCUUCGCACCCAUUGCGGCUGCCCUCCUAGUGCUCAGCGAAGCCUCCGCAGUAACGCACUUUGUUGCGCGAGGGUGGAUUCUUCGUGAUGCACUGGUAGAUGUUUUCGACGCGGUGUUGUUGGAGAAAGGGUGUGAGAGGCUCGUCGGGAGUGGUCGACAACUUAAAAGUGCAAGUGGCGUGGUGAAUAGGUUGGGGAAGAUGGUGAAGAAGCCAUUUGGACCCGGUUCGGAUAGGAAUGGGGGGUUUAUAAAGGGGAUGAUCAGGAGUCUAGUCAUGCUCCCGCUAAAUUUCAUCCCUGUUGUUGGGACGGCGUUGUAUAUUUAUGUUGCAGGGAAGAAGGCGGGACCGGCGAUGCAUGAGCGCUAUUUUCAGUUGAAGGGGUUGAGUAGGGAGCAGAUGGAGACGUGGGUGAAGAGCAGGAGGGGGGCGUAUACUGGACUUGGAAUGGCCUCAGUGGUUCUGGAGAUGGUGCCCUUUGCGUCGAUGGUGUUUGAGUUCAGUAAUGCUGUUGGGGCCGCACUGUGGGCGGCGGAUCUGGAGAAGACAGAGAAGUGA